AAUUGGUUAGGGUCAGGGUAAGAAUAUCAGGGUGAGCCAAUCAGAGGCAGAGUAGGGCGGGCCAUGACUUCGCCAUCCUAGGAAAAAAUAUAUGAGUUCCCGCUUGGUACUGAUGUGACGCUGAAAGCAGACUUCUUCCUCUAUUUAUUGGCAGAUUGUAAACCGUCAAUAAAGCUGCACACCGCCCCCCACUGUGUCGGAGUGAGUAGAGUCAAAAAGAUAACUGACCAUGUAAUAAGCUCUUCUUAUAAUACAUUCAUGUUCAAACCAUGCUAGUCGCUGGAUGUAUUGACGCUUCAAUAAGUCAAUAUGGCCUCUUUGUAUCUGGUUUGGGUUUAAUCCCAAGUCGCAGCUGCCUAGUUUGAAACCUUUAUUUUCAAUAACUUCACCGGAAGUCACCGUAUGCUAGUAUUUUUUCUUUGACGCUCCUGAAAUUGACGGUUGUCAAGUGUGAGUCAUUCAGUGUCUCCCAGUGGACCCAGCGCGUAACUACAACUCUGUCUAUUUUGGACGUUUUUCCUUGUCUUUUCUGGGGUUUCUUUUAUAAUUUAAUUUUAAUUAUUAUUUAGCAGUAGUAGUAUAUAGCAACCGUAGUAUAUACAACUUUAUAUAGCGAUAAUGGUGAGAACCACAGAAACAAACAAUAUAACAUUUUAAAAAAUCUCAGUACCGUUUCAUGUUCUGUUCUGCUGAUUUAUCUCUCCGGCUGUGACAAGUUCUGAUAUAUUUUUCUGCUUACAUGGUGGCAUCGGUUUUCCCAAAAUAAAUAUUGAUUUUAUAUGGGUCUGAAACAGUGUGUAGAUUUGUUUUUUGUGAUCAUAAUUCCGUCAAUAAUCAACCUCAACUGUAUUAUUGUGUUUGCUGUAUAUUACUGCAGUAUUAAUAGCCAUGUGUUGUUCUGUCCUCUAGCGGUCACAAUGACUAACUACAACUGAAUUCUCAGGUCAAGUAAGACACAAUAUCAUUGUAAUACUUCCGGUUAUACAAUCUGGCGUAGUGGCACAUCGUGACCACCUCCUCUCAACCUUUCAUUUUAACAAACCAAAAACCUCCAAGCCUGAAGACAGACACAAUGGCGUGCUAAAUCUGCCAGUGAACACUUUUCAUCUAAAAUAUGUGGCAAUAUAGAAUAUAUUGAUGUCAAAUAAGACAAUAACUUUUUACUGAAGGUCCUCUCGUAGACAGAGCUCAGUUGCAGCUGGACUUUGUGUUAGUAAUUGACAUUUUAAUGUUUCAGAUUCAGGAUUCAUAAAGUGCAAUGCAUCACCCUCUUAUUGCACAUAAAUCAGCGGAAUAUCAAAUCCGAAGCAACGGAGCUUUUUAAUAGUAUAUAUAUUUCCAACUUUAUCUGGUUAGUACAACGCCAUACAAAAACAUGAAGGAUAAAGAACAUUUAAGAUUGUAAAUAAUCACAGUACUAAUAGCUGUCUGAUUUUUUUGUCCACGUUGUGCUCUAAAGUCAACAAAUUAUAUAUAUUCCUAUUCCACAUGAACGCAUCGUGACGCAGGAGCCAUGUGGAUUCUGAUUGGACGACCGAAGGCUCAGAAAAACAGGGGACGCCAUAUUCUUAGUUUUCCGGCGAGAGCGCUACAUUUUCUGCAAAAAUGACAAAAUAGCUUGCCUUAUCGACUGUAGACGCGAAGAUGGCGCACACAGGGGCAACGGAAGACGCAUCCAUGGAGGAUUGCUCCGCCAAGCAGGGGCCAAGUGUAUGCCUGCGGAGUCGGCCAUGCUGCAGCGAGAGAGACGGUCAGGUACGGGCUGUCAAAGCUGCUCUUCAGUCCAGGUUAGGGCCCUACGAGCCCGUCCUGACCUACCUGCAGUCCGUCCUGGUGUGGGAGAGACCUUUCCAGUGUGUGCUGCUCUACACUGUGGUCAACGUUGUGUUCUGGUUCUUUGCCCUGACCUCAUUGCGCGUGCUGUUCCUCCUGGCUUCAGGUCUGGCUGUGAUAGUCUGUGUUGAUACCUGGAGAAACAAGAUCUGGCCAGAGAUUAGAGUCAGAAAACUGGAUGAAUCAGAACAUGAGAGCUGGGGUCUGGUGCAGCCCGGCGUCCUCAGUGUGCCUGAAGUGUGCCACCACAUCGCUGAGGCCUGGGUCAGCGGAGUAGUUCUCGCAUCCAGCGUGAAGCAGUACAAACAACUGAACCCUGGCAAGUUUUGCAUCAUGACCUGUGGUGUUUUCACCUGUUUGGCUGUGAUUGGACGCUACAUUCCUGGAUUGGUGCUCUCCUACUCUGCUGUAUUGGCUACUCUUCUGGCCCCCCUGGCAGCCCAUCACAGGCUUUUUCAGCAUGUGUGUGUGAAGCUGGAGCCGGUCCUGCAGCGGCUGGACUUCGGUAUUCAUGGUUACAUGAUGUCAAAGCCCAUUGAUAAUCAGUUCCUGCGAAGGCGUAUCCAUGGUGCAGCCUCAGGUGAAGCCAGCGACAGCGAGGAGGAGUUGGCUGCUUUCUGCCCGACGUUUGAUGAUGCAAUUGUUGCAAAGGAACUUGCACUGACCGACUCUGAGCACUCUGACGCCGAGGUGUCCUACACUGACAAUGGAACAUUUAACCUAUCGCGAGGCCAGACCCCACUCACAGAGGGCUCUGAGGAUCUUGACAGACACAGUGACGCUGAGGAGUCCUUUGCUCAGGACCUCCCAGACUUCCCCUCCAUAAACCCUGACGCCACUCUGAUGGAUGACGACGACGACACCAGCAUCGGGCUACCUAGUCUGGGUACAUCUGGGCUGCGAAGUCACCGAGCUUCGGUGCUGGAUGUGGAAGCUCAUCUUGACUCAGACCAGGAGGAUCUGGAUGGAGAACUUUCCCUCAGCGGCAUGCCAACUACCUAUGAUUUCACUGGAGACUUGGCCGGAGUCAUUGCUAGCAGCAUGAUCCAGACAGCGCUGGCCGGAGCGAUGCAACCUCGGCCUCCGACCACCCAGCGCAGAGAAGGUCCUCCCAAAGCCGGGGCCCAACGGAGCUAUCGCAAGCAAUCCAGCUCCGAGCUGGACACAGACUUGGACGGAGAAGACUUUGAAAUGCUGGAUCAGUCUGAACUGAACCAGAUGGAUCCCCACGGGGGAGGAGGAGGGGGAGGUGCUAGACGGGGAGAGAGUCAGGGGUCUAACUUCUUGUCUAGCCUGCUGGGUAAACCACAGUAAGGUGUGUGUGUGUGUGUGUGUGCUGGUGAGAGAGAGCGAGAGAGUGUGUGUGUGUGUGUAUGAGUGCAAUUUCAUGGGUAGUGUACAUGUUGAUGAGAUGAGUGUGUUGUGAAGGAUGAUUUUAGGUUCCAGCAGCCCUGCUUUUGAUUGGCAUCAGUUUUAUCACUGUGAAGUACUUAAUUUUUUUCUUAUCUUUUCAAGCUCUUUCUCCUGUACCUUUUUUAAAACCCCGGUCAUCCAGAAAACAUAUAGUUUGUAGGCUGAGCAAUAGGAAAUUUAACAAACACUACGACAAAAAAAAAAAAAAAACAAGAAACAAUGAAACAUUUAAAUAACCAGCAUUAUUGAGCCUUGUUGCAGUCUUGUAAUUUUAUGCACGCAAAAGUUACAAGGAUACUUUUUGGUGUCUAGAAAUGAAGAUCGACAGUGACCAUAAAAUCUUUUCUACCUGGAGGUCUUAGACAUACAGGGCUAUUUAACAUGGGACCAAAUAUGACAUUCCUGUCGGUUGAGCUGAGCCAUGUUGCUUUGGUAAUGACAUUGUGGAACAGCAUUUUAUGUUUAAGUUUGUUUAGUGAUUGGAAUAGUUGGGAUAGACUCAUGUUAAAGAUCCCCUCCAGUUUUAAGAUAUAUAUAUAUACAUAAAAUACUCUCCUUGAAGAAUAAUUUGUGUCGGAUAUGGUUUUUCCACAAAAAAAAGUUCUGUUAUCCUUUUUUUUUUGCAUCUACUUCUUCUCCCUCAUUAAAAAAUUCCAGA